CCCUAUUGCUGACGCCGCACUAGAAGCUAAAUUUGUUUACCUUUAAAGAAAUGCUAAUAAAUCACAUCUUAAUCGCAUUAUUAAUAAGUUUUGGAAAACAAGGAUGUGCGGAGGAUGAAGGACUUUGCAGUGCCGAUCAAAAGUCUUGUGGACAUAGCGAACCUGAGGACCCAAGCCAGGACGAGUUUAGCUUCAAGAUACGUCGGCAGAUCGAGAAAGCCAAUGCCGACUAUAAGCCCUGCAGCAGCGAUCCCAAGGACUCGGACUGCUCCUGCCACGCGAAUGUUUUGAACCAGGAUCUCGCCCCUUUCAAGUCAACAGGUGUCACCCGGCAGAUGAUCGAAAGUUCCGCGAGAUAUGGAACCAAAUACAAGGUCUACGGGCACCGAUUGUACCGGGAUGAGAACUGCAUGUUCCCAGCCCGCUGCCAGGGCAUUGAGCACUUCCUUCUGCCUCUGGUGGCGACCCUACCCAACAUGGAUUUAGUGAUAAACACCAGGGACUACCCCCAACUGAAUACCGCCUGGGGAAACAGUGCCGGCGGUCCGGUCUUCUCGUUCUCCAAGACAAAGGAGUACCGCGACAUCAUGUACCCCGCCUGGACUUUCUGGGCUGGAGGACCGGCCACCAAACUGCAUCCCCGAGGCAUCGGACGCUGGGAUCAGAUGCGCGAGAAGCUGGAGAAGAGGGCGGCAGCUAUUCCCUGGUCGCAGAAGCGGGAUCUGGGCUUCUUCCGCGGCUCACGCACCUCCGACGAGCGCGACUCACUAAUCCUUCUCUCCCGCCGCAAUCGUGAGCUGGUGGAGGCUCAGUACACCAAGAAUCAGGGCUGGAAGUCACCCAAAGAUACGCUUGAUGCGCCUGCCGCUGAUGAGGUCUCCUUCGAGGAUCAUUGCAAGUACAAGUUCUUGUUUAAUUUCCGAGGAGUUGCCGCCAGUUUCCGGCUGAAGCAUUUAUUCCUCUGCAAAUCACUGGUCUUCCAUGUCGGCGACGAGUGGCAGGAGUUCUUCUACGACCAACUGAAGCCCUGGGUGCAUUAUGUGCCGCUGAAGAGCUACCCCAGCCAAAAGGAGUACGAGGAAAUACUGUCUUUCUUCAAGAGAAACGAUGACCUGGCCCAGCAAAUUGCCCAGCGUGGGUACGACUUCAUCUGGCAGCACCUGCGCAUGAAGGACAUCAAGUGCUACUGGCGAAAGCUGCUCAAGAGCUAUGUGAAGCUUCUGAAGUACGAGGUGCAGCCGGAGGAUCAUUUAAUCUAUAUAUCACCGAAAAAAGAUGAGCUGUAGAUACUAGCAAAUUAGUAUUAAGGCAAACGUUUUAUUACUUCUUCAUAAAAGCAUUUACUUUUAAGGUACCGCGAAUCUCUAUAAACUGUCCACAUUCCAAUUAUAUUCGACUUCAUUUAAGUAUUCUUCAAAUGUAAUAAUUAUGAAACUUU